CUCUUGGCCCGGUCCAAUCGGGAAUGCUAUAAAAACCAGAGCUACCUCCCAGACAUUCUGCUCUGCCGGACAGGAGACUCCCACUGCCCAACAUGAAGCCUCUCCUCCUUGUGGCAUUGUUCGGGUGCUUCGCCGCUGUGUUCGCGGCCCCUGCUGAGAAGGUGAGAUGGUGCGUAAAGUCGGAACAAGAACUUCAGAAAUGUUCUGCUCUUGCAGCCGCAGCUCCCACCUUCUCCUGUGUGAGAAAAGAAAACACCCUGGAGUGCAUUGUUGCAAUUAAGGCUGGUGAAGCAGAUGCUAUAACUGUGGAUGGAGGGGACGUUUACACAGCUGGACUGUCCAACUAUGACCUGCAGCCCAUCAUUGCUGAGGACUAUGGCUCCUCUUCAGAAACCUGCUACUAUGCUGUUGCUGUUGUGAAGAAGGGAACAGGAUUUGGCCUCAAAGACCUCAAGGGAAAGAAAUCAUGCCAUACUGGUUUGGGAAAAUCUGCAGGCUGGAACAUUCCCAUUGGAACUUUGGUGUCCAUGGAUAUAAUUCAGUGGGCCGGCAUUGAGGACAAACCUGUGGAGGAAGCGGUGAGCAGCUUCUUCCAGGCCAGCUGUGUCCCCGGAGCAACCAGGGGCUCCAAGCUGUGUGAACUUUGCAAAGGAGAUUGCUCCAGGUCACAAAAGGAGCCUUACUAUGAUUACUCCGGAGCCUUUCAGUGUCUGGCAGAGGAUAAAGGAGAAGUGGCUUUUGUGAAGCAUCUCACUGUACCUGAUUCUGAAAAGUCCAAGUACGAGCUGCUGUGCAAGGAUAACACCAGAGCACCUAUUGACAACUAUAGAAACUGCCACUUGGCCAAAGUGCCAGCUCAUGCUGUUAUCACCCGCAAGGACCCACAGCUGGCUGACUUGAUCUGGAAAAGCCUCACCUCAGUUCAGAACUUCGAGCUCUUCUCAUCUGAGGCCUAUGCUCCUGCCAAAAACCUGAUGUUCAAGGAUUCAACCCAAAAACUGGUGCAGGUGCCCCCAAACACAGACUCCUUCCUGUAUCUUGGUGCUGAAUACAUGAGUAUCAUCCGCUCCCUGAGGAAAGAGCAGACCCCAGACCCUGCAUCCUCAGCCAUUAAAUGGUGUGCUGUAGGCCAUGCUGAGACCGCAAAGUGUGACACGUGGAGCAUCAACAGCAUGAGCGGUGAUACCACCUCCAUCGAAUGCCAAAACGCUCUGACAGUUGAGGAGUGCCUAAAAAAGAUUAUGCGUAAAGAGGCAGAUGCAAUGGCAGUAGAUGGAGGACAGGUGUACACUGCUGGGAAGUGUGGCCUAGUUCCUGCCAUGGUUGAACAGUAUGAAUCAGAACUGUGCACUUCUUCAGGCACAGCCUCCUCUUACUAUGCUGUUGCUGUGGUAAAGAAGAGUUCAGGAGUGACCUGGGCAAAUCUAAAGGGAAAGAGGUCGUGCCACACAGGCAUUGGCAGAACUGCUGGCUGGAACAUCCCUAUGGGUCUGAUCUAUAAUGAAACUAAAGACUGUGACUUCACCAAGUACUUCAGCAGUGGCUGUGCCCCUGGAGCAGACCUUGCCUCACCAUUCUGCACUCGGUGUAAAGGCAGUGGCAAAUCUGUGGGAGAUGAGGCCAAGUGCAAACCCAAUGCCGAUGAGCAAUAUUAUGGCUAUGCUGGAGCAUUUAGAUGUCUGGUUGAGGAUGGUGGUGACGUUGCCUUCAUCAAACACACAAUUGUUGGAGAAAAUAGUGGUGGUAAGGGUCCUGAAUGGGCUCGUGGUGUGAAUUCUGAUGACUACCAGCUGCUCUGUCCUGGCAAGGAUCCAGCACCAGUCAGUGACUACGCUGAAUGUAACUUGGCUAUUGUGCCAGCACACGCAGUGGUGACCCGUCCAGAGAGCCGCAGCGAAGUGGUCCGCAUCCUCCAGGUUCAACAGACCAUGUUCGGACCCAGUGGCAGUGAUUCCUCAUUCAAGCUGUUCCAGUCAGAUAAUGGAAAGAACCUCCUCUUUAAGGACUCCACCAAGUGUCUCCAAGAGGUUCCACCUGGAAAAUCUUUUGAGCAGUUUUUGGGACCAGAAUAUGUAUCUGCCAUUACCGGACUCAGAGAGUGCAGUGACACUGCCUCAGAUCUGGAGAAAUCUUGCACUUUCCAUUCCUGUCAGCAAGCCUAAAGGUGGUGUGGACCAUGCAGUGUUUCAACAGAUCUCAGUGAUUCGUUCACUCACUCACACUUCCUACAUUUGACACCCAAACUGCACUGUUUAGUUAUAAGUGAUCUUUUUGUAGGUCGGUAUGAUCAGUAGAGAUUGCAACCCUUAAAUCAACAGUCACAAGACCAUUCAAGUCUGCAUGUGGUAAUUUUAAUGCAGCUUUAACAAAAUGUUACAAUUCCUUUCUUUCUGGAUCAACUAUGUUUUGUUAAAACGUGCCUGACUUUUCACAAAUAAAGCCUUUUAAUGCUC